AUGUUUCCUCUUGGUAGGAACGCCCCGUCCGCGGGUCUUCUCUUGUUAUUAGCAUCGGCAUGGUCACCCUUAGCCAACGCUUUGGACAUUCAGUAUUGUGCCAGUUUCAACACUGGCGAAACCCCUAGCAAUUACAGCAUAUAUCAGACCAAUGGCCUCUGCCAUGAUUUCUGCUUCGACGACUACGCUUAUGCCAUCACGCAAGGCAAGCUAUGCUGGUGUUCAAACUACGCUCCUGUCAAAUCGGUCCAGGAGAGCAACUCAGACUGCAAUACCCCUUGUCCCGCGUGGCCUAAAGAGGUCUGCGGUGGUGAUGGUGUAUAUGGAUACGUCGAUCUUGGCAAUGUGAAGCCAUCUGGAUCUCGGGGACCAUCUCCCUCAUCAACUAAAAGUGACAGUGACAUUUACGCCUACAUCCAAAUCCACUUCCACAUCGACAACAUCCACGACUUCCGAAAGCUCAACUGUAUGCCUUGUCUUAACACGCAUGUUAUUCCAGCGCGGGAAUCUGGUGAUACCGAAAAAGAAGAAUCUACCUCAGCCUCCGCGACCAAGGCCACUUCGACCGAGGAAGAAGAAGCGACCUCAGCCACUGAGACGGAGGAGCCUUCGUCCAUUGUGCAAACAGUUACUGCUGGAGGUACCAUCAGGACAGUAACUGUUGCACCGACUCAGCAAACAGCUGGAGUACCAGCAAACGAAAACACAUCUGAUGACUCCACUGAGAAGAGCGGACUUGGCACUGGCCAGGUUGUUGGCAUUGUGGUGGGUGUUAUCGCUGCAGUCAUAUUUGCUGCAGGCUUCGCCCUGUUCCUAUGGUUCCGCCGCAAGAAGCAACAGAACGAGCAGGAGGCUUAUCAGGACGACCCCAGCAUCCGAGAUAGUUCCUCGGGUAUUGCUCAACGACCUGAUAUGAGCACAACCGCUGGUUCGCCGAUUGCGUCAGCCGCCGCAGGCAGUCGCAACAGUACUCUGCAAGUCGAUCCGCGAAUGGACCCGUUCAAGCAGGGCCUGUAUGUCCGAAGUGCCAGUCAUGAGAGUAUCAACACCCUUCGAGACGACCACGAUUACUCAAGGAGAAUCCAAGCACCCAAAGUGCUUCGUGCAACCAACCCCGAUCCAACGCCGGAACCCUGA